AUGAGAAUCCACAGCCUUGUCCUGCUCUCCUUCCUUCUCCUGGCUGCUCAGGUGCUCUCUGAAAAGGUCAGAAAGAGAGCCAAGAAUGCACCACAUAGCACAGGCGAGGAGGGGACAUCUGCCUCCUUGGGCAAGGCCCAGAAUAAGCAGAGAAGCAGGACAUCCAAGUCUAUGACCCACGGCAAAUUUGUCACCAAAGACCAAGCCACGUGCAGAUGGGCUGUGACUGAGGAGGAGCUGGGUGUCAGCCUGAAGGUCCAGUGCACUCAAGCCAAUCAGGAGAUUUCCUGUGUUUUCGUUGGUGAUCCAACAGGCUGCCUUAAACACGACCAAGAACAGACCUACUGGAAACAAGUUGCCCGUGCUCUGCGCAAACAGAAGAACAUCUGUGGGAACUCCAAGAGUGUCCUGAAGACCAGAGUGUGCAGAAAGAAAUUUCCAGAGUCUAACCUCAAGCUGGUAAACCCCAAUGCACAUGGGAACAUGAAUCCCAGAAAGGAGAAAGCUGAGGUCUCCCCAAGGGAGCACAGCAAGGUCCAAGAAGCUUCCUCCAUGGAGCCAAACAAGGUCAAAGAGGACACCUCCCCCAGUCCAGCUGUGACCCAGACCUCGGCCAUCAAACACAGAGAGUGUCAGGAGGACCCAGAUGUGCUCAUGCAGAGGAAGACCGCCCUGGAAUUCUGUGGCGAAUCUUGGAGCUCCCUCUGCACAUUCUUCCUUAACAUGUUACAGUCCACAUCAUGCUAA